GUACCAACAGAAAACAAUACUUGUUCUCUAUUAAAUUUUCAAUUUAUUGCCAGCUAUUAAAAUAUGCGAGUCAAAGCUUUCGAAAUAAAUGCGAGUAAAAUACUACCUUCAUGAUCUGUGACAUAAAAUAUUACCUAUCUUUACCGUGACCACAUAGUUUUUUACUUUCAUAUCUAAAAGUGGUUUGAAAAAUAACGCCCCUAAUUAGCGCAUCAUACAAUGGCAGAAGGGAUUAUUGUAUUCAUGCUGUGGUAUAUAGCCAUCGCCUUCAAUUAUUACAUUGAAAAAUGCACCAAAGGUGAAAAUGAAGAAGGAACACAAACACGUCAGACUGCGGAAAAAUGUUCAACAACAGUAGUUGCGUGUUUGUCAUCAAAUGAUAAAUCAGUAGAGGAGGACACACAUGGCAUUGCUAAAGAAAAAGUCUCUACGCCAAAUGAAAAAAUCGAUAAUACUAGUCUCCCAAUACCAGUUACAUUUUUGACAUCAAAUGAAAAAUCAAUGGAAGAGGACAAAUAUGAUAUUCCUGCAAAAACAAACCUUGUACAAAAUGAAGCAGUCAUUGAUAAUCUUUACGAUGAUGUAGAAACUGCCAACCCUGAGCCUGAUGGCGACGCUGGUGAUGAAGCAGCCAUGAUAGAUGAUAGUGAUGUGACUAAUGAAAAUGAAAAUUAUGAUAUCGUUUAAUUUCGAAAAUUGUAACUUUCUCCCAUUUUUGUAACUAUUUAUUUUAUUAUUUUUUAGAAAGGAAUGAUAUUUUUUCUUGUUUACUAUUUUUAUCUAUAUACUAAAUUAAAUAUAUAUUAUACCUAAAUUAUAAUUAAAUAAAUUAUCAUUUUUCAUUAACGUAGAAUAAAAAAUAUGAAAAAUAAAAUUCAGUACAACUUACUAAGUAGAUUAGCUUUGCAAUGAUUGCAUAAACCAUAAUAUUGUUUCCAAAAUAAAUUCAUUAUAGGUACAUAGUCUGAAUGAGAAACAAUUAAAUCAAUGAAUAAACAUAAUAGUUUCCUCAACAACAACUAAGAGGAAACACCAUGUCAUACCAUUUCUAUGCACGGUAAUUACCACAACAGAUCCAUCACAAACGAAUAUAUACCAUACAAAGAUCACAAUACAAGUCUUAUUUGA